CUCCGUCAGCUGUGCGUAGUGGCGCGCGUGGUCGGCUCGUCCGCGCGCGGCGGCCAGUCGUGUAUCGCGGGCGAUUGUGGGCAAUGCGGACUUGUGCGUAAAUGGCGUCGCCGUGCCGUUAUGAGUCGCGAGUGCGUGUCGUGCAGUAACGCGUACGGGCCGCGUCCGGGCGCGGCGCCUCGCGGCCCAGCCUGAGCGAGAGCGUGUGUGCAGCGAACGCGAACGCGCGGAGUACUCCUUCUCCUCCCCCCUUCGCCGACGUGAUCGGGGAGGAAAUAAGUUUUUCGGAGCGUGUGUGCCGUCUCCGGGCCGUGCGUCGGCCACAUCGUCGACGCAGUGGCGACAUAGGAAAACGGUGACGAGAGUUGUGCUAGGUCCAGAAGGGAAUCUCGGUGCCGAGAUGCAGGCGGAAUUGAUGUACCGUAAACCAUCGACGAUGACGAGCCAGGGCGGUUUUCAUCAUGUCGGCAACGAUAAUCAGCGGGAGAAGAACGGUGGACGGGAUUCGCGGGAGACGAUACACUCGGGCCACUUCAUGGUGUCCGACUUCGAGGCCGAGGCGCAGGACGACGAGGACGACCUCGCCGUGCCGGUGCCGGACCAGGAGGAGCAGAUCACCAAAUUCUCAAUUCCGCCGGGUUUCUUCCACGACAGAUUCGCGAGUUCGUUGAACGAUAAGAACACCUCCCAGCAGCUGAGCAUCGAGACGUCCUUGAACAAACUCUUCCAGUGCAUGUCUCUCGCCUACAGACAGAAGCUGACAUCGCCUAAGUGGAAUCGCUUCAAAGGCAUCAGACUAAGAUGGAAGGACAAGAUCAGAUUGAACAACGUAAUUUGGAGAUGCUGGCAUAUGCAAUUUAUAUUGAAGCAAAACACGCUGGUGUGCCAGUUUGCAUCGCCACUUGAUGUGGAUACUCACAAUAAGCCCGAGGCGGUGGUGUUAGAGGGAAAAUACUGGAAACGAAAGCUCGCGGCCGUCACAGCGGAAUACAAAAAAUGGCGUAUGUUCUACCGAAACAAGAUCCUUGGCUGGACGAACAAAGAUGGUACAGAGAUGAUGGAAUCAAUGGAUAUGCUGGAUUGGGGCGGUAUGUACGGGACCACCGGUAGCUUUGGUACGGGUACGGGAAAUGCAUUUGGGAAUGCGAGCGGUGCUUCGGGUGGGGAAAGCAUGAUGGUUGACGAAGAUUACAUGGAACUGAUGACUGACACCCUCUUUUCAACCAUUAGCUCGAAUCAGCCAUUAUACUUUCCUGAUCCUAGAGAAAUUGCACGAGGUGCCAGCCUAGCGGACUUCAUUCAACCUAGUCUGGGUCCCUUACAACCUAACCUGGAUGAUUUCAUGGACACCCUAGAACCAUUGCAAGAAUUCCUAAACUCAAAAUUGCCUCCCGUACCCGAAGAGGACGAUAUGUUCCGGAAUAACACUCUAAAUACUAAUUAUUCCGAUUUGGACUUGAUGACGCCAAUUAACCAGAUGAACGAAAUAGGCGAGCAUCCGACGAUAAAGAACGAGCAGACCUCGCAACAGCAACUGCCUCGGGAAGAGCAAGAGGCUAGCAUGCAGAAUCUCCAGUACACCGCCAAGAUAUAUACUCAGCCUCAACCUGAAGCAACAAAUGUGUAUAGGAAUAACAUAGUUAUGAGUGAAGAUUACACUCUUCAGCCGAACUUCGAGGCAUCCAUCAUCACGAAUCAAUCCAUACGAGAAAAGACUAGAGGCAGCAGAGCGACAUCGUCGAGAAAUAGUCACGUGAUACAGCAAUCCCAGCAGCAGCAGCAGCAGCAGCAACGUCAGCAGAAUAUAUAUCAGACGACUGUGCAACAACAAAAUUCAGGCUUCCAAACGCAGCAGCCGCAGUCUUACGCGAUGGAGAUUCAGGCGGUGCGAUUAACACCGGUGCAAAACCAACCGCAAUCCGUACAGAUCACGACGCUGAAUGAUCAGUCGGCGGUUAGUCGGAUACCGGCGAUCACCGCCGUGCAAAACCUGGUGACGGUACAGCAUAAUUACCCCGGGCAAGCCGUCAAUUCGCAGUUGCAGACUCAGCAUCAAGCAAUAAGGCCCUUGCCGACCGCUUCGCCGAUGUCUAGCAAACCUUAUAAGAUUGUUCAGCCGCAGCAGCAGUGCUAUAAGUUUCCGAACCUUGUACAGAACCUUAAUGCUCAACCAUGUAAAUUUAGCGCCAAUAGUUUCAAGACGCAUCCCACGCAACAAGUGGUAUCGGUUUCUUCGACGGAACAAUCGUCACAAUCACAAAUAUUGCUGCAGUGUAGGCCAUCUGGUUUAGACCUUACCGCAUCCACUUUGCAUACCAAGCUGUUACCUCAACCAACGACGUCUAACACAGAGAAAGACGAGAUCUUUGCCGUACCCAAGUAUCAAAUAAAAAGCAGAAACAGAUCACGAAGCAGCUCCUCUUUAACGGCGCCUAGGAUACAUCCACCGCCACUAGUAUCUGCAGUGAGCGACCCAGCCCUAAAUCUAAAUAACAAUGUUUUACUUGCACAUUUACUCACUAAUAAAGUAACGCAAGUAACAACAGCGCAACACAUCACGACACCAGUGACUGUACAGACAAUGCAGACUUCUAAUAUACAGCAGACGCAACCACAGCGACAGACAAUGCAACCAUCCACAGCCCAACAGAUUCUCUUAAAUGCAAACAACCAAACGCACCAAUCCCACAAUAGCCCAAUAGGUUCACCAAAGGAUAGCAGCUCUAACGCACACAGUCCCCAAGGUUUAAGUCUUAGCCCUCUACACAGUCCCAUGAGCAUAGGUAGCCCUUUAUCGCCCACUCGUGGAUACUUGAAGAAUGAAUCGGAAAGAGGACAAUAUAAAGAGCAGAGGCGAGUUGGCCACAUUCAUGCGGAACAAAAGCGUAGAUAUAACAUUAAGAAUGGCUUCGACUUGCUGCACAGUCUGAUACCGCAGCUUAGUCAGAAUUCCAACGCGAAACUGAGCAAAGCUGCGAUGCUACAGAAAGGGGCGGAUUAUAUCCGGCAACUUAAAGCGGAGAGAUAUCAGUUAAAGGAAGAAAUGGAAAGCUUGAAACAUCAAAUCGAGUGCCUUAAUACGUCUAUUAGUAAUUGUCAAUCUAUGCUUCCUGCAACGGGUGCUCCAGUUUCUAGACACAGGACCAGCAAAAUGAAAGAAAUGUUUGAUGAAUACGUACGUGUGCGCACGCAAGAAAACUGGAAAUUCUGGAUUUUCAGUAUAUUAUUAGAACCAUUGAUGUUGUCCUUCAAUGCUUCAGUUUCAACUGCGAACAUUGAGGAUUUGUACAGAAGUACAUUAGUGUGGGUAGAUCAACAUUGUUCACUCGUCGAUCUCAGACCAGCUGUUCUGAAUUCUCUAAAGUCUCUUUGUACUGCCACUGAUAUUCUAUCGGACCCAACUCGCCUUCCUGAAGAAGCGCUUGCGGCAGUUAAUCGAACAGAACGCCGACGAUCCAUGCAAUGAUCAAGUGCGUGAAUUCAACAGCGUGUUUGUAUAAAAAAAGUUUAAGGUUUAAAUAUAUAUGUAAGGGAUGAUAGUUACCGUAUAAUUUAAGUUAGUCUAUGCAAAACAAAAAGAAAACGCAACAUUCGGUUAAUCAGUAAUCGAAACGCAGACGAAGAAAUAAAAAUUUAAGUGCAAUUCCUCUUUUUAUUGCAAUAUCACGUUAAAGCUGUAAAAUUUAUAAUAGCAAAUUAUAUAAGAAAUUAUAUAGAAAUUUUUAUAGAUUUCAAUAAAAAAAUAUAUAUGCAUACUAUACAGUUACAGUAUGUAUGCUGAUGGUGUACAGUACGUCAUUGAUGUGGCACAAUCAUUACAAAUCAUUACAGAUAAUUACUUUUUUAUAAAAAAACAUUUGUAUUUUUUUUCACAUUUCUUUUGCACAAUUGUAUGUGAUACUUUCAUUACUGUAAAGCUAUACGCAAGAUCAAAAAAACAUUCUGUCUUUACUGAAUGAUUUAUAAAACGUAACAGUAAGGAAAAGUUACUAUAUAUUAUACAAUUUUUACGCAUAACAUUUAUGAUAAACAUUAUUCCACUAUUUUGAGAGGUAUUUUUCAGCUUAAUAGCUUAAUAACGAUUAAGAAUAUAAAAAUUAAAAAUUGGAUAAAUAAUUUAAGCUUUUAUGUUAAUAUUUUCACUUUUUUUUGAAAAAUGUUUUACAUAAAUUAUGUGAUUAGAAAUUUAUAAUGUAGCUAUUAAAACAAUAUAGAUCGUACUGUAAAUAAAUUUUUUUAGCUUUAGACCAUUUCUUGGUGGAAGUAAUACGAUGAAAUAUAAUGUGUUAAAAGUAAUAGAACCAGUGCCAUAAACGUUCUGUUAGACUGCAAAGACAAAGAGUUGAAAAGAUUAAUUUCUGGGAAACGUGACUUGAAAAAUAGAGAUGCAAAUAAUCUUCUUCGUUUAAAUAUGCCGCAAUUAAAUUAUAUUGUACAAUUACGCCAGUAAGAGGUGUAUAUACUUUAUAUAGUUUAUAAUUGCGUGGAAACGAUAAAAAGGGGGUUGCUCAUAAGUUAUAUGUUCACAUCAUUAUGUAAAAUGAGAUCUUUAAUGUGGGAAUUCAUGUGAUAAUGUACAAAUCAUUUGCAAAAGAUUUCAACACCGAAUAUAGCUUAAGCUAUAAAGGGCUUCUGCAUAUUGUAGUGUUUCUGUUGAUGUAAAAUGAUGUACAUAUAGUCUGAUGUUAAGAGAUAACACAAUGCUUAAUUCUCUAGAAGUUGAAUUUUUUUCAAAUCCAGACCCUUCAUUGCGUCAAUUGAUACUUUGCUCUGUUAAAUUUGUUUUGUUUUAGAGCAUAAAGGAUGUUAUUUUUUCUUUUAUACAAUAUAUAGAUGCCCUCACUCAACUUACAUCGUGUAUGUACAAUGCAUAAGUGAUAAAAUAAUAUAAGUGAACUCAUCGAAGGGAUGUUUUUUUUGUACAAUAUGUAUCAUAUAAUCAUAAAGAUUCACAUGUUAUUAUUCAGCUGUUAUAACAACAUGAAGAAAUCUAAA